GGGAUUUUGUAGCUGAAGUGUCCACGCCACCCUGGAGCUGUUCGCCCUGAUGGUGGUGGUGUUUGAACUCUGCAUGAAGCUGCGGUGGCUAGGCCUGCAUACCUUCAUCCGGCACAAGCGGACCAUGGUCAAGACCUCGGUGCUGGUGGUGCAGUUCAUCGAGGCCAUUGUGGUGUUGGUACGGCAGACAUCCCAUGUACGGGUGACCCGGGCACUGCGCUGCAUCUUCCUGGUGGACUGUCGGUACUGCGGUGGUGUCCGGCGGAAUCUGCGGCAGAUCUUCCAGUCCCUGCCGCCCUUCAUGGACAUCCUGCUGCUGCUGCUGUUCUUUAUGGUCAUCUUCGCCAUCUUGGGUUUCUACUUGUUCUCCCCUAAUCCUUCGGACCCUUACUUCAGCACCCUGGAGAACAGCAUUGUCAGCCUGUUUGUCCUUCUGACCACAGCCAACUUCCCAGAUGUCAUGAUGCCCUCUUACUCCCGGAACCCCUGGUCUUGCAUCUUCUUCAUCGUGUACCUCUCCAUUGAGCUGUACUUUAUCAUGAACCUGCUCCUGGCCGUGGUGUUUGACACUUUCAAUGACAUUGAGAAACGCAAGUUCAAGUCUUUGCUGCUGCAUAAGCGAACUGCCAUCCAACAUGCCUACCGCCUGCUCGUCAGCCGGCGGAGGCCUGCCGGCAUCUCCUUCAGGCAGUUUGAAGGCCUAAUGCGCUUCUACAAGCCCCGGGUAAGCGCCAGGGAGCGCUUCCUGACCUUCAAGGCCCUGAAUCAGAGCAACACGCCACUGCUCAGCCUGAAGGACUUCUAUGACAUCUAUGAAGUUACUACGCUGAAGUGGAAGGCAAAGAGAAACAGGGAGCAUUGGUUUGAUGAACUUCCCAGGACAGCCUUCCUCAUCUUCAAAGGGAUCAAUAUCCUGGUGAAGUCCAAUGCCUUCCAGUACUUCAUGUAUAUGGUGGUGGCUGUCAACGGAGUAUGGAUCCUCGUGGAGACGUUCAUGCUGAAAGGUGGGAACUUCUUCUCCAAGCACGUGCCCUGGAGUUACCUGGUCUUUCUCACCAUCUACGGUGUGGAGCUGUUCCUGAAGGUAGCCGGCCUGGGCCCUGUGGAGUACCUGUCUUCCGGAUGGAACCUAUUCGACUUCUCUGUCACAGCCUUCGCCUUCCUGGGACUGCUGGCUCUGGCCCUCAACAUGGAGCCCUUCUAUUUCAUAGUGGUUCUGCGUCCCCUCCAGCUGCUGAGGUUGUUUAAAUUGAAGAAGCGUUACCGCAAUGUUCUGGACACCAUGUUUGAGCUUCUGCCACGGAUGGCCAGCCUCGGCCUCACACUGCUCAUCUUCUACUACUCCUUCGCCAUCGUGGGUAUGGAAUUCUUCUGUGGCCUUCUCUACCCCAACUGCUGCAACACCAGUACAGUGGCAGACGCCUACCGCUGGCUCAACCACACGGUCGGGAACAGGACAGUGGUGGAGGAGGGUUACUACUACCUCAGCAACUUCGACAACAUUCUCCGCAGCUUCGUGACCUUGUUCGAGCUCACAGUUGUGAACAACUGGUACAUCAUCAUGGAAGGCGUCACUUCUCAGACCUCCCACUGGAGCCGCCUCUACUUCAUGACCUUUUACAUCGUAACCAUGGUGGUGAUGACUAUCAUCGUGGCCUUCAUCCUAGAGGCCUUCGUCUUCCGAAUGAACUACAGCCGCAAGAACCAGGACUCUGAAGAUGACGGUGGCAUCACCCUUGAGAAGGAAGUCUCCAAAGAAGAGCUGCUUGCUGUCCUAGAGCUCUACCGGGAGGUGCGAGGGGCGUCCUCUGACGUCACCCGGCUGCUCGAGACUCUCGCACAGAUGGAGAGACACCAGCAAAAUUCCCUGGUGUUUCUGGGACGGAGAUCAAGGACCAAAAGUGACCUGAGCCUGAAGAUGUACCAGGAGGAGAUCCAGGAGUGGUACGAGGAGCAUGCCCGGGAGCAGGAGGAGCUGCGGCAGCUCAGCAGCCACGUCGCCGCCCCCACCCAGCAGCCCCCCAGCAGCCGCCAGCGCUCCCAGACUGUCACCUAGCCCCAGCUCACCAAGACUUCUCUUCUAUGCAAUGAUUCAUUAGUAUUAUGUCAUGCAACGUAUUGAGAUGAUGUGUGCGCACAUGCUCAGAUGUACGCACAGAUUUAUCCAGAGGAAGGAAGGAAGACUAGCUGGGGUCAGUGGAACCGCCUCACCCUGUCUUCCUGAACUCCAGCAGUCACGGUCGGCUUGGGCCAGGGGAUGGGGCCAGGCUGAGCUUCCUCCUGUGGAAAGCUCCAGAAGCCCUCUUCUCAAGAAGCCCCUGGAGUAGAUCAUACCAUCUCUGCGGCCCUGCCUGCCUGCUGCUGCCGCGCUGUCCUUGGGCUCUGUCCCACAGCGUCCCCACUAACUCCCUCGCGGCCUUGUCACAGAUGUCUGUGUCUGCCCUUAGGGACAAAACCACUUAGGAAGAAAAGAACCCAAAAAUCCCAGGGUGGCAUUUAUAGAUGCUAAUGUGCUAGAAUUUGCCUUCUGGGUUCAGUGUCUAGGAUAAUGGAGAGUGUGAUGGAGGGUGAGGUCACACCUGUGGCCAGAUCUCAGUUGCUCAGUGCUGGGAGCAGGAUGUGGCACUGACCAGUCUCAGUUUCUGCCUCCAGAAGUCACCUCUCCCCACUACUGCAGCUCAGCUCUUGUUGGAACUCCCUCCACAAUGGCCUCCUGCAGAAUCCAAGCUGUGGCUCCCAGAUGGGCUUUCUCCAUCAGGUCCUUCUCUUGUGACUUAGCCUGUUCCGGCAAAGGGACGUUUGGGUGAAUCGGGCUGAGGACACACAUGCUUUAGGUGCUGCUGGGAACAGGAGCAGACAGCGUGGAGACCCUCACUGGCCAUCAAAGCAGUCCCAGGCCCCGCCAGCCUAGUGCACACCUAUCUUGGGCAGCCACUGUCCCUAAACUGGGUUCAGGGAAGAGCUCAAGGCAGACAGUCAGCUAGCCACCUUCCCUGUGCCUUGGAGUUACCUGAGACCCCUGCAAGGCUGAGAUAGGGUGGAUCGCAACUGAGGGGAGUGGAGGUGGUGACAGUGGUGGUCUCCACUUUGUCCUCAGCAUUCCAGUCUCCCACCUCCUCUGCCACUUCCUGGGACUGGGGUGGGUGGACAGUGGCCCCCCCUCGUCCUCUGUUUUCAUUUUCAGUAAAAUCCAGCCCUUUGGGGGAAGCAGUGCAUUACUGAGAACCACUGAUUUUCUGCAUGUCAGGAGACAGCACUGUCCCCUUCACCCCCAGAGGGCCAACCACUGUCACAGGAGCUCAGCAUUGACCCCAGGCCAGAGCCCUUCUCUCUGGAGAAGACACUAUUUGCACAACUGGGUGCCUUUAGCUUUGUGUAUUUGAAUGGGCAUUUUGGAAGCAGGAAGAGGGCAGCUUCUAAUGGAGGGUGUGGGUCUUCUCCCUGAGCCCCUGGGCCCCUUCCAGUCCCUUCUCCCCAGGGGUUGUGAGAGCCCUAUGGCCCAGCAGAGUGGGGCACAGACUCCAGCCAGUCAUCUACAGAGGACAUCCAUCCUCACAGUGUCACCAGUGGUCCUGUCAACUUGACCCUUAAGCUUGCCCAUCAAGCUGGGAGCAGGUGUCACCCCUGGCUGGCUGUGAGCUCUGAGGGCCCCCAGGUCUCCGUCUAGCCCAGAUGCCCCUCACCCCCACAUCACAGCUCAAUGGGACCAGGUAACAUUCCCUGAUGAUCCCAUGUCACAGCCUGUUGGGGUGUCAGUGGCACUGUGCCCCCACCCCAAUUAGACGAAGGCGCCCAGGGGUGCCACCUGGCCCCUCCUCCUAGCUUCCCCUUCCACCCAAGCCUUACUCCACACCACACGGACAAUCAUUUUGUAUGGAUCGCAGGAGCAGCCCUGUAAAGUUUUGUACAUUGCAAUUUGUUACCUAGAUCCACUACGUGCGGAUCGCUGGCAUAUUAAUAAAAGAGCCUCUGCUUUGUACACCUGGCU